AUGUCAUUGUCGAUGGAUCAAGCACUUAACUUUUGCAUUCGUGUUGCUGUUGCCACAGUCGCAUCAAUCGUUAUCAUGAAACUUGCAGUCAGAUAUAUUGAUCCAAACCAUUCCAUCAAUAAAAAUGCUAAAAAGAAGGCUGCUCAAGUAAUCAAAACAUUAGGCUUAGAUCCAUCAAUCGAGCUUAACGAAUACGAAUUACGUAUAGCUACACAAUUCGUCCACUGCGGUCAGGGUGCAGAUUGGUGCGAUAUUGGUGGUUGUGGCGCAGUUAUUGAGGAAAUUAAUGAUCGGAUAAUUAUCCCAUUAAAAAUUCGCAAUAUUUACAAGAAACUCGCAUUGUCGUCGAAUCUUCUUUCUCCACCUAAAGGAGUGCUUUUAUACGGUCCACCAGGUUGUGGUAAAACUUUACUUGCAAAAGUUAUCGCACGUGCAGCGAAUGCUCGUUUCAUUAAUUUGCAAGUGUCGUCAUUGUGCGAUAAGUGGUAUGGUGAAUCACAGAAACUUGCUGAUGCAGUUUUCUCUGUGGCACAGAAGUUCCAACCCACGAUCAUAUUUAUUGAUGAGAUAGAUUCAUUUUUGAGAGAUCGAAAUACCCAAGAUCACGAAGCCACUGCCAUGAUGAAGGCGCAGUUCAUGUGCUUAUGGGAUGGUUUUGCUUCAUCAGACGAUGCAAUCGUCGUACUCGGAGCAACUAAUAGACCAAACGAUGUUGAUAGUGCAAUCUUACGACGAAUGCCUGCACGAUUCUAUGUCCCUCUACCAAGUUUAGAAUCUCGCGCAGAUAUCUUAAAGGUUUUACUAAGGGACCAACCGGUUAUGCCGGAUAUCAACUUUGAAAGGAUAGCAGAAUACGCUAAUGAAUUAAGCGGAUCUGACUUGAAGGAAGUGUGUCGAUUGGCUGUUUUAUCGCGAGUUAAGGAUGCAUUUAUCAAAGGAAAGGAUUUAAAUAAUGAAACGACGCGAAUGAUUCGUGAAAGUGACGUAAUACAGUCAGUAAUGAAAUAUAAACAGACAAUACAGGUUUCCGGCACGAUACCAGUUUUUGAACCUCUUGAUUAA